GCCCGAGCGAAAGCGACACGAAUUGCGUGCGUCUAUAAAGACUCGUCGAGAUGACGGCCGGAUCAUUCUUCACGACCACCACCAUCCCGUCGUAUCUUUCACUGCGUUCACACUCUCCUCUGGUCUGGCCAUCGGCAAGCAUGUCCACAAUGUGCAUCAGCAAUGCUGACUGCUAGCCCUUACGAGCUGGCAGACAGUCUUGCGGAAGGAGAACUGCGUCGAGACGCUGCUCAAUCCCUUCAUCGUCGUCGUCACCCCAGCGAAGCUCAGCCUGCAAGCAAGCGAGCUCAACACCGGAGCUGUCCCGACAAUGGUCGUUCAAGAGAACACGCAACGUCAUCACCUCCGAUGACGUCUCACAAGUCGACACACAACCAUCGCCAAUCACGUGAUCAAAUAGACACCCAGCUCUCGACGGACGAACCGGAGUUGCUGCAGAUGGAAAGUUGUUCCCGGAUGACGACACCCUUUUGCACUGUGCCUUUUUUUCCCAUGAAGUUGCAUGCUAUAGUGCACCUAUAAUUCUUUUUCAUUUUCGCGUAAAUUUCACCAGAAUGUGCUUUGCAGCACACAUGCUUUCCCGCAAAUUCUGCGGAACCGCGAUUCACGGCAAGAACUAGAAGCAGCUGGCACGACUAUGACUCUGCACCUUCAAGAGCGACGGAGGACAGCGCUUUUUGCG